UGGGGCCCUCCGAAGCGCGCGAUUUUAUCUGGCUAAUCCCAUGUACCAAUCAAAAGUCUUUGUGCCGUCUGAGUGGGUGGAUUCGUUUGAUAUUUGCCUCAACAGCGUCAGCAGUACUGUAGAUCAAAGACUCGGUAGCCUUGCGAUGACAAACUCGUAACGUCGUCAUGGUAACAAGCAUCAUAGUUUGGUAACGUCUUCUGUCAGAGCCGUACGUUGGAACACGUCGAACGUACGUACGACAGGGCGUUGACUUUCAAAACACCUGUUCGAUUCGUCCUGAAGCUAGGGUUACGUUCUUUUUGUUUUGUUUUGUUGCCGUCAUGGCAGCGUGCUUGGUGACUCCAGCUUCUGUUUACCAUGUCGUAAAACAGCCGCAUCUUAUAGCGUAAACAAAGCGGCCGCUCGUGUUACUGAGGGGGGUGACACCUGGGCAGAGGUACGGACUCAACAGCGAUGCCGACCUACAGGUACCUUUUCCUACUGGUGUUGGUCAUACUAGUGCCGUCCCUAGCUACGGUAGGGUUGGUACAGGACAAGGCAGUGGAUAUCCAUGCUGCAUGGGCGCUAGCCCUCAUCGGGGACAAGUUCUGGUCAACACCAUGGCAGUGCCCACCUGUUAGUCAACUCGCCCUGUAUGGCGUUGGUGUUGCCAUAGCGGCCUGGCUUUACCGGCUUCUACUGUGUCCAUUGAAGAUCAGUCGGACUCUUCACGAUGUCGGGUACAACAAACUUGCCGGCUACACUCGCAAGGACGUUGCGAACGACGUGCGUCGGCGGCGGAGGAGAGGCGAGCUGCCGCCCGUGUACCCGAACGGCUGGUUCAGGGUGAUGGACUCCUGUCAACUCCGACCUAACCAAGUGGAGGGAGUAACAGUACUCGGAGAGAAGCUUGCCGUGUUCCGGAGUGCUGGUGGGAGCGUGUCUGUGCUGGAUGCCUACUGUCCCCACCUGGGUGCGGACCUGUCCAUGGGAGGCACGGUGGUGGGAGACUGUCUACAGUGCCCCUUCCACGGCUGGAAGUUCAGGGGAGAGGACGGCAAGUGUAUGGGCAUCCCAUACGCCGAGAAAGUUCCUGAUUUCGCCCGAGUGAAGUCGUGGCCGUGCCUGGAGAGGAAUGGGUGUGUCUACAUCUGGUAUCACUGUGACGGGAUAGAGCCCACCUGGACACCGCCCAUCAUAGAUGAGAUAGCCAGCGGCGACUGGACCUGUCGGGGCACCACCGAACACAUCAUCAACGCACAUAUCGAGGAGGUUCCAGAGAACGCGGCAGACAUCGCUCACCUGAACUACCUGCACGGACCGAUCGUGGCCGCCGGUGUGGACCUCUCCAGUAUCUACUCCUCCUCCUGGGACUUCGCUAAGCACGUGUGGCGGGCGGAGUGGCAGCCUGACCCGGCACCUGACGCGCAUAGCAGCACCAUGCUCACACAGCACAUGAUGUACCUGUUCGGUCAUAGGAUCUCCAUCGCAGACAUCAAGGCCACUGCCCGACAGAUCGGCCCUGGUAUCGUGUUCCUGUUCCUGGAGUCCGGAUUUGGGAACUUCAUGCUGGUGCAGUCCAUCACACCUGUGGAACCCCUGCUGCAGAGGCUGACUCACAGCGUGUACACCGGGCGGUGGGUGCCCACCUGCCUCGCCAAGUUCUUACUCUGGGGAGAGUCCGUACAGGUGGAGAGAGACAUCAUGAUCUGGAACAACAAGUGCUACGUGCCGAGACCGCUGCUGGUGCGGGAAGACUCCAGCAUCUCCCGGCACCGCCGCUGGUACUCCCAGUUCUACAGCCAGAACAGCCCCAGGUUCAAGUUUGAGAGGAACAGUCUGGACUGGUAGAUGUCGUCUGCACGGAGAUUCCAUUUCAAAAGUUGAAAGGGGCCAAAUUUCAUCUCCAUCUCUCGUUUAUGUUGAUUGCUAUCCAAUACGAACUUCACAUGAAUAUGAUAUAUUUUCUUGUCCGAUGAUGCUUAUGUAUCAUCAAGAUGAAGGCUCCUUGAUGUCAAAAGAACAGAGCAAAUUUAAAUCUUAGAAUGUUAAGAUCUUCGAAUUCUCACAAAGCAACAUUUUCUUGAGGACCAUCGUUCAAUAUAUUGUAUCCCAACAUAUUGUAACCCUUCAACUUUUGAAAAGGAAUUACUGUAAGGGCGCCAUUUUCCAACAUAAUGGUCUGAGGGGAAGGCAAGGCCUUGUCAGCCUGGUAUCCAUACUAUUCUAUCUCCGGGUCGCUCCUCUGACCUCUGAUUGGUUGCAAGCCAAAAAGUCCGGUACCCGUUAAAUACAAGACCGUUUGGCAGUAUGAUACUCGACUAGAAUUAUGAGCGAGAGCUUUGAUUGGCUGCAGGUUACGCGGUCUUCGCAACGGUAUGAUGAAAGGGAUUGAACAUGUACACAGUAGUUCCGUCCCCGAUUCACUGCUUCUAUAGUAAAGAAUACCCGGAAUAAUCAAUGACGUCCAAAUUAUGACGGCCGGGUGCUGGGCGAUUUGGCAAGCUAGAAGUCAUCAGAUGAGCGGACUGGUGCUAGCUGUAGUAUGAUAUGGAUACCAGGCUUCCAUCCUACUAUCAGGUUUUGUUUGUUAAGACCUCUGACAGAAUUGUUUUCUCUUAACCCCUUUCCCACCUCGGAAACUUUGGAAACGUCCAUAUCAAUUGCCUAUCAAUGCAACAUAACAUGUUUGUUGUCACCAUGUGAAAUGACAUAUGUGAAUCUAUAUAUUGUACAAAGUACAAAGAUUUAUUCAGUUUUUUUGCUUGCUUUAUUUUUCAGUGUGCGAUUUUGUGAUGAUAAAUGUACUUGUAGGAAUUCUGGAAAGGGGUGAUGAAAAGUGUGAAAACUCUUUCAUGACAAAAGACUAGCUAGAUUUGGUAAAGAGAAUGUUGACGCUAUUUUCAGUGAAUUUUCUUUUAUGUUUCGACUAGCUCUCCAUGGUAGAGUUCAUGGCAGCCAAAAUAGUUAAUGAAUGGACUUUGUCUUGUCAUGUUUUGUUGAUGUUGUCUUUGUUGCUAGAAUUGUCGAAGUAAGAAAUUGUGAGAUUCUUUUUUUUACCAAACUUAACUUUACAUGCCGCAUGUGUAAAUAAAUGGCCUGCUCUCCUCCAAUGCAGAUGGAUCUAUCCUGCUUUUAUGUGUUGAGCUUUUUCAUUCGUAUAAUUAUGUAAUAAACAACGUAAACCUCGCAAUGAGGCAAACGGGGUAAAGAAAACUGUAUAAAUUGCUUAAAGAUGACGUAAAUUUGUGAAGCCA